AUGUCUCGGUUUGAGCAAUACUCCUUCUACGACGCUCUGCCGGCAGGAAAAUGGACUCGCAUCUUACUACUUGAACCGGGGGUUUACAAUGACCCAAUCAGGUGUUCAUUGUAUCUCACGCCAAUUCAAUCCGCAGAAUACGAAGCAAUAUCCUACGUCUGGGGUAGCACAAAUGAUGUCGGCUCCAUCACCUGUCAGGGUCUUGAGGUUGAUGUGACGGCAAACCUCGUUCAAUCUCUGCGCCAAGUCAGGCAUAAACACGAGCCGCGACAUCUAUGGGUCGAUGCACUCUGCAUCAACCAGCGCAACCUCCAAGAAAAGGCCUUUCAUGUCAACAUGAUGGGGGAAAUCUACUCACAUGCCUGGCGAGUCAUUAUUUGUCUCGGAGACGACGAACGCAGCGGCGAAGCUGCAAAGAUUGCUUUCGACGCGAUCAGAGACUACAACCGCAUCGCCGCGAGGUACAUGACGGAAUCCCAGAUCGCCGACGUCAGUUUCUGGAGACCAGAGGAGGAGGAGGGGGGUUACGGGCCGGUCACUGGCGACCGGCUGCUCCACGUCGUGCAGCUCUUCAAGAAGCCGUGGUUCGGGCGGGUCUGGGUCCUCCAGGAGGUCGGGCUCUCCAGGGACGCGCUUCUGGCGUACGGCGGCUCGACCAUCAACUUCACCGAGAUCAUGGACUUUGCCCAGGCGUGGUCGCAGACAGGGAACGAUUUCCCCGGUGUCUAUUUCAGUGCCGGCUACAUCUCCAUGCUCUUCAACCAUGUCUGGGCGACGUAUGCCACGAGCGUCAACCGGUCGUGGUAUCGGUCUUCCUAUAUACUCACAACCUGCGCGCGGUAUCAAGUGCAGAGAAACAGGCUGGAGUUUGAAGACGUUCUCUUUAAGGCGAGACAUAUACAGAAGGCGACGGAUCCUCGGGACUUUGUCUACGCGUUCCUGGGGCAUCCUCUUGCGAGGUCGGAUGACGGAGAGCUCUUGUUGGAAGCAGACUAUACAAGGACCAUGUCGGAGCUGAGACUGCUUCUCUUUUCUCGCCUAAGUGGCCGAUCUCUUCGGUUCCUUGGCUUGAUAUGGCAUAACUUCCCCAUAGGUCUCUCCAAGGGACCAUCUUGGUGUCCCCAUUUAGACUCCCGUCGACCCUGGACAAUAAACGGCAGAUAUGACGCCAGCAGAGGUGGACACCUACUAACCCCGGUAGUAAAUUUUCACCCCCGAGUCAACUGCUCCUGCCUCGAGGCGCCUGUCUAUAUUGUUGACACAGUCUUCCUCUGCGGUGAGGUAGCCGGAGGAGAACCGUCGCAGGAUGAUGGUGCUCAAGCCAGAGACGAAGACGCUCAUUGUUUGGCUACGAAAACAAUGCUUUCUGAUCAGCCCAGUCUCGCAGAAGAUUACUGGGCCAUUUUGGAGGCUACGGAGAGCCAUAAAGGCCUCGCAUACCCGGACAAGGCUCUCGCGUUCGCUAGCACUCUACUGCAUAGCUGUGACAGGGAUGACCAAGAUCCGGCAUCGGUUGCCAGGAGCUUUGGUGACUUCUGCAGAGAAACAUGUCCGAUAAUUCAGACUUAUCUUGAAGAACACGAGUGGCUCGGUCGGUGGGCCUCAGCCGAGACUCGUUUCAUACCGUUUUUACCGCGCACGGCGAGUAGCAUCAAGGGAGAGAGGUUCUUCACGACGAUGAAGGGAUAUUGUGGCACAAGUACCCCCUUGGUAGAGCCCGGCGAUCUGAUCUGCGUAAUCCCUUCUGUCCAGACGCCCCUUGUGAUAAGGCCUGUUGAAGGAAAGGACAAGGUUUUUCGCAUAAUCGGCUCAUCUUAUGUCUAUGGAAUGAUGUACGGAGAAGCCUUCAAGGCCCUAGGGGCGGGAAAUAGCUCGCCAGAAGUGUUUGUUGCUCAGUUUGUGUAA